AUGCUUAAAUUAAAAUUUCUAUUCAGCUCUUUUAAAUCGAAGUAUAAACUAUAUAAAGAACGCAUAUUCACCUUAUAAACUAGCUUUGAAUAAUGUCAAUCAUUACCAUAAUUAAAUUCAUUAAUGCAAGCAUUUCUUAAUGAAAAGAUUUAUGAUUAAAUAAUGCCUAUGAAAUUUUCAGAUAGUUCUGCUAUAUAUAAUAGAUUAAAAUAAGAAAUAGAAUCAAUUUAAAAUACAGAUGACUUAUUAUUUGAAAACAUGAUUAAAUUUUUAGAGAUGUAAUUUUAAAAACCCAAUUUUAAUGAGUAUAUUGAUUGGUUAAAGUCAUAACCAAUUAAUAAUGAAUAUUAAUUUAUUCUACUCAUUCAAUUUUAUUCUGGAUUGAUAGUCAAUGAUAAAGAGAUUUAUGAAGAAUUCAAGAAAUAAAAGCAUUAAUUUAACACAAUUUUAAUUUAAGUUAUGGAGUAUUGCAUCAAUAAGAAGAAAUUACCAUAAUUAAAAUCUGAUAAAAUUGAUUAAUUAAGAGAGUAUUUAAAUAGUGAUAAUAAUUCUUUAAAAUCAUAUGCCUUAUUAUUCUUAUCUUAAUAUGAUUAAUCAAUAACAAACUAUCCUCAUGCUACAUGUCAUCCUGAAAUCCUAUUACAAUUUCUUUAGUAAUCAGAAUUAAGUGAUCAUUAAUUAAAAUAUGUUAUCUCAUAAAUUUACUAAGGUAUAAAUUCAUGGCAUCUCUAUUAUCUUGCUCAACUCUUUGUAUUACUUAAUAAAUUUAAACCUUCCCCAUUGUUUCUUGAUUUAAUAUAAAAAGUCUAUGUUGAACGAGUUCUAGAUUAAGAAGGGAAUUAUUAAUUUGAUUUUAGAAUUUUGAAGAAUUUUAUUUAAGUAGCUUAAAAAAAUCAAGCUUUCAAGGAUUACAAAAUUUAUAUGUAAUUACUAAAAAGAGUUGUAUAAAUGUCCAAAGAAACUAAUUUCAAUGAAAAAACAUUAGAAAACAUUAUACGUUCUGUAUAUUUUUCAUUAAGAGAACUUUGUAUUGAAAAUGAAACAAUCUUUGAUGAAAUACCUUAAUAUAUUAUGAGUGAAGAACUUAUUGAAUUGAAGAAAUUUUUAGAAGAAUGGCUUGAAAAAUCUAUGAUUUUAGAAUCACUUUCUAUUGUUAAUCUAUUUAAACUUAAUAUUCCUUAAGGAUUUUGUGAGAAAUAUCUAAAUACAAUGCAAAUUCAAGAGAAACAUCUUAGAGCCAUUAUUAGAUUAUUAAAUUAAAGUAAUUAAUUCUAGUUAAAUGAAAGAACAUGCGAAAUGUUAAUUAAUUUAAUAAAUAGAUUUAAAAUAGAUUAUCUAAAAUAUUUAUAACCUAAUAAUUUACAAAUAUAUCCUCAUAAUCUUAUAAGAUAAAUAGUUAGAGCUAUUAUUAAUAAUAGUAAUGAUGAAUCUGUCAUUGAAUUCAUUUAUAAACAUGUAUAAUAAUUAUAAAAUAAUAAAUCAAUUUAUGAGGAAAUUGGUCUUGAUUUUUAAUAUAUUGCACCAUAUAUUAAAUUUCAAAUUGAAGCAGAAUUUACAGCAAAAGUAGAUUUUGAUUAAUUGUCCAAAUGGUUACAGAUAUAUAAUAUCUUAGCACCAUUUGAUGAUGAAAUUAUAAAUAAAAUAAAAUAAUGUUUACCAAAAUUUACACCAUCUUAAAUUUCUAAUUUAUUAUCAUCAUGUGAUUAAUUAAGAGAUAAAUUUAAGGAUUUUGAUAAAAUACAUGAAUUAAAAGGUUAAAAUAAUUAUAUUGAUGUAUAUUUAAAUUAAAAAGGUAAUCUCCCUAAAUCAAUUUAAACAAUUGAUGAUAUUAUAUUAGCUAAUUCAAAGUGUCUUGAUAUGAACUAUUAUAAAUCAAAAAAAAUUAAAUAAGAACUUUUAAAAAAGUUAUAAGAAAUUAAUGAAAUACCUAAUAGUAAAUAAGCUUAUGAAUUAUUAAUGGGUUGGAGAGCAUCAGAUUUUAAUAUUGAUACUUUUGAAUCAUUAAUUAGAAUUGUUAAGGAUUAAAUUAUGAAUUAUGAUUUUCAUCAUACUCAUAAAUUAAUUUCAAAGUUGAUUUAAUAAUAUCAAUUACAUCCUGGAGUUUUAUAUAAAGCAUAUUAAAAAUUAUAAAAUGUAUUGACAAGUAAUUUUAAGGAUUCUAAAGAUAAGGUUAGUAUUAUUAAAUUAGCUAUUAUUUUAAAAAGAAUUUAUCCUACUUUAACAAUUGAAUUGAUAAACUAAGAAGAUGAAGAAUGUUAAUUUGUAAAUUAGAUAAUUGAGAAUAUUUAUUUUAAUAAAGGUAAUGUAAUAACAGAAAUUAAACCUUUUAUGUCUCCCUAUAAUUAGUUUUAUCCUUAUAUUUGUAAAAAUUUAAAUGAAUUUACUAAAAAUUUUGUAACAUUUUAAGAUAAUCUAAAUGUUGCUAUACCAGCAUAUGUAUAAGGAGUUAAGUUAUAAUUUAAAUUAUAGGAAUUAAUAAAGGAAUUAGAGAAACCUUCGAUUAGUGCAUUAUAAUAAUUGAAACUUGCAUGUUUGAUAGCUAAUAUAGAGAAGAAUGACUUUUUGAAAAGACAAUUAAAAUAGAAUUUUUCUCAUAUAGAUCCUAGCACUAAUUAUUUAUUUUAGGAUGAUUUAAUUAUUUGUUUUGAUGUUAUGAAUAAAUUAUUUCCAAAUGAAGGAAUGGGUAAGAAAUUAGAAUUACUGGUCAUUAAUGCAUAUGAGUCUUUUUAUGAACCCACUUUGAUUUAUUUAUUUACAGAGCAUUUAUUAACUAGUAGAAGUAUUUCUAUAAUAGAAGAUAGAAUAAUAAAAUGGAAAAUAUGA